GGUGUUCCGUUCUGCUUGUCGCACACUGCAAGCGGGCAACGCCGGCACAGCCAGGUCCGCACCACCUGCCUACGAUAGCUCCACGAUGCAACCCUAACCUCCCAGUCCCAUGCCAGCGCCGCACGCACGAGCUGUGGGGGAGGCCGAGUGGCGAUCGGGGCGGGAUGUUUUCGGCGCUUCGGAGGAAAGCUUUUGAGAAUCGCGCGCGGGAGCUGAGUGGACGCGUGUUCAAAGCAGAACAAGAGAACGCUUUUACUACGCGGAUUGAAUGAGGAUGCGGACGACGGACGGCUGAUCUCAUGCUCUCUCUCUCUCUCUCUCUCUCUCUCUUUGUCCUCACCUUUUCUUAUGCAACAAGGGGCGAGAUUUGUCCAGCCAAUCCACACACACUUGUUAGGAAAGAGAGUCUUACGUUAUCGUUGAUUUGAUUCGAGAUUCGUUCCUGUGUUCUUUAUGAAGAAGCGAGAAGAGGGCGAGCAGUGAGCUGAUGGAGUUGGUUAAGGAGGAGUGAGCUGAAGGAGUCGAUAAGGAGUUGAAAAAAAAGGAAGUAGUGGAUAAGGAGUGGAUAAGGUUUGAAAAAAGAAAAGAAAAGUAGUAGUCGUCGAUAUGAAGGAGUUGAGGAGUAUCAAUGAUCAUGAUGGGAAAAGAUUACUCCAUCCAACGGCUCCGAUGGGAGACAACAACUGGUAGAUCAUCUGCGGAGCAGCAUUCCAUGGAAGAGACAACGACCGGUAGUUCAUCUGCGGAGCAGCGAUCCGAAUGAAGCUGAAAUUAGAAGUUGGUGGUAAAUACCAAAUAUAUUGAGUACCUAUCAUCGGGGGGGGCUGCAGGACAGGCGGGAAAAGUUACAUUUGUCGGCAAGUUCUGUGGCGGGAAAAGUUACCUUUGUCGGCAAGUUCAAUGGCGGGAAACAUCGGAAGUUUUUCCCGCCAUUUUUCUUUUUUCUCGUAGAACCCACUGAUUGCUGCCACAGUCUGAUCAUCUUCAUUCCUGCUCACUUGUUCUCGAACGCAGCCACGUCAUCCUUGAGUGCCAAGCUCUGCACAUCUGGAAUUUGUCAAUUUUUUGACCAUCCAUCCGUCGUGUAGCUACCCAUAAUCCAUCCCUUGAUUGAUGCAAGCUUUUGCCGUCCAUCAGCUCAGAGUGUUCUUAUCGUUCCAACUUACUCCCUACCCUCCUCCUCCCCUCUCUCUCUCUGUCUGUCUUCUUUCUCACACUCUCUUUCUCCCUCUCUCUCUCUUUCUCUCUCUCGGAUUUUCUGACGCGUUCAGUCUCUUCUCCGGGUACGCAAGUAGUCACACUCGCCUCGUUCAGCCUCUCUCUCUCUCUCUCUCUCUCUCCUCGGGACGUACUCGCACUACCACUUCCUGGAUGUAUCUGACCGCAAUUACGUCCAGGGAUCAGUCAAAAUAGUCGUAGUCUGAUUAUGCCCUCACUUACAGUAUUAGGUCUGAUUUCCCAUCAGUCACUCGUUUUUCCCUUUCCCGCCAGUGUUGUCCCGAUCCCAAUCUUGCAUGCCAUCUCCUCAGCCGCCCGUCGCUACAACAGGAUGUUUGAAGAAGAGGUGGAUUUCGAAUUCGGACCAGAUGACGUGGAUGAUGAGCUGGCGAAGGGCGAGGGUUCGAAGCGCGGCUUGCUUCAGGAUGACGAAGGCGACGAAGAGGAUCUGUAUCCGGCCGCCAAGAAAAUUUAUGGUGGUCCCGUGGACAGCUUGGCCACGACGACCAUCUUGAGUCUGCGAGAAAAUCUCGAAGAGAAACGCAGGGAAGGAACUAAACUCCAGGAGGCGUUGGAUGCAGCCAACGACGAGCUUCAGAAGUGGAAGGAGGUGUUUUCUUCCAGCUCGUUACUAGGAGCGGCGGUCAAGAGUGGAGGUGGAGUACCUGGGGGUGGUGGACAUACUGAAGGAGCAGUGGACGAAGAGGGUAGUAGAGGAGGAGGAGGAGGAGGAGGAGAAGGAGUUGAAGCCGAUCCGGAGUUGGCACACAAAGCGUUCCUCAAGCUUAAGGCAUCGGAAGCGAGUCUAAGGCAGCAGGCUUUGAUUGCAAAGAAGAGAGAGAAUACGUUGCUGAUGAGGAUAACAAAAAAUGAGCAAGAGCAGACCAAACUGCGAAAUCAGGUGCGUGAUCUGCUUGGCCAUGCCAUUCGUCUGCCUCCUGGCAAGAUGAAGAAACUGUACCUUGAGCCCUCGAUUCAUGAGGAGAUGUCCCAUUUGAAGAAGGAAUUGGAGACUUGGGAGAAGAAGUUGAAAGAAGCGCAAGAGGAGCUGGGAUCUGUGGAGUUCACCUCCCACAGCAAGACUGGCAAGAAGCUGCUCGCCAAGUGCCGCAUGCUGGUCGUCGAGAACGACGAGAUUGGGCGCGAAGCGUCGGAAGGAAAAAUCCAUGAUCUUGAGAACAAACUCGCUCUUCAACGACAGCUGAAUGUGGAGUUGAAACGUUUUUAUCAGGAGCUGCAAGAUUACGUGAACGAUAUAAACGAUGAGGCGGAGAAGCUGCAGCAGAACCUGCACGUGGUACAGAUCGAACUGCAGAGGAGGGAUGUGGAAUUACAGGACAGCAGAAAGCAUGUGGAGGUGGUUGUCAAUGAAAUUGGGGUGGGGGAAAUGUUGGUGGAUACGGUUGGGGGAAAGGACAGGUCGGGGAGUGAGGGUGGUGGAGAAGGAGGAGGAGAAGGAGGAGGAGGAGGAGGAGGAGGAGGAGGAGGUUUUGAGGACAUCGUCAUGAAGCCUGAACGACACAGGAAAGGUGAUACUGAAGAAGAACAAGAAGAAGAAGAAGAAGUGGAAGUAGAAGAAGGAGAAGAAGUAGAAGGGGAAGAAGGAGGAGGAGGAGGAGGAGGAGGAGGAGGAGGAGGAGGAGACGAAGAAGAAGAAGAUAAGAAAGUGGUGGAAAAGCCUUCUUUGUAUGACGAAGACGAGAAGAGCAGCAGUCUGAAUGGAGGAGCUUAGGAAUCAUGGAAGAGCAGCGGGGAGUGAAAACCCUAACUCCCCCUCUAUUGGUCUUUUCCUUCUUCCUUUUUUUUCCUUCUUCUUCUUCUUUUUUUUUUUUUUUUCAAAUUUCGUUGGCAUUUCGCCCCUCUGCAUAGCUUCCUCCUCCCUCCUCCCUCCUCCUUGUUCUUCUCAGCAGCGGCUCAACGGUUUCACACAGAUGAAAAAUCUCUCUUAGGUGGCGAUACCCAUUUUCAAUGGGUAGAAUGUGAACGUCUAAGCUCACAUCUAUUCCAGUUUUUCUCCGUGCGACCUCCGCUUGCCCUGUUGUUACGUUUUCCCUCAAUGGUGUCUCUGUUCGCCUUUGCUUUUUCUAUG